CCAAAUCCCAACUUCCAUUCACCACAGGCUAAUGCUUUCUCGUACCCUCCACCCAUUUUCCUCUACAUUUCUCUCCAAAGCAAUCCGCCGUACUAUUCCGCCGCACUACAACACCACCACCACCACCGCCACCGCCCGCUUCUACACUCCAGUAAGAUCAAUGGCGUCCGGCGGCCAACAAUUCCCCCAACAGAAGCAAAACUCUCAGCCCGGAAAAGAACACGUCAUGGACCCCAACCCUCAAGCCACCAAUCCCCAAUACAAACCCGCCAAUAAGCUCAUCGGGAAGGUGGCUUUGGUGACUGGCGGCGACUCCGGCAUCGGACGGGCAGUGUGCCACCUGUUCGCGCUGGAAGGCGCGACGGUGGCUUUCACGUACGUGAAGGGGCAAGAAGACAAGGAUGCUAAAGACACUUUAGAGAUGAUCAAAAAGGCCAAACAUGGGCAGGCUAAGGACCCCAUCGCCAUACCUGCCGACUUAGGCUACGAUGAGUACUGCAAGCGCGUCGUCGAGGAAGUGGUGAAGGCCUACGGCGGGCAGAUCGACAUUCUCGUCAACAACGCUGCCGAGCAGCAUGAGGUCACCUCUAUUGAGGAGAUCGACGAGCCCCGUCUUGAGAGGGUCUUCAGGACUAACAUCUUCUCCUACUUCUUCGUCAUCAGGCACGCUUUGAAGUAUAUGAAGUCCGGGAGCUGCAUCAUCAACACGACGUCAGUGAAUGCAUACAAGGGCAAUGCAAAACUGUUGGAUUAUACCUCCACCAAAGGCGCAAUUGUGGCGCUCACACGCGGCCUCGCCCUUCAGCUGGUGGAGCGCGGCAUCCGCGUCAACGGCGUCGCUCCAGGUCCCGUCUGGACGCCAUUGAUCCCGGCCUCCUUCACAGAGGAGGAGACCGCCAACUUUGGCGGGCAGGUGCCCAUGAGGAGGGCCGGGCAGCCAGUCGAGGUAGCCCCGUCUUUUGUCUUCCUCGCCUCGCAUGCCGACUCCUCGUACAUAAGCGGUCAGGUCCUCCACCCCAAUGGAGGAACAAUCAUCAAUGGCUGAACAAGAACAUCUAUAUAUAUAUAUAUAUACAGCAGAUAUAUCUAUAUAAUGGAAGAAAAAGGCUGUUCUGUUUGUUAGUAAUGGUGGAUAAUAAAUGUGUUUUUGAUAUAAUUAA